AUGUCAGCCGACAAACACGACUUGCAUAUGCACGAAUCCGACGCUGCAGCAGAAUAUGCAAGGCUGCGUAUUGAAGAGUUGCAAAACUAUAGAAGCCCUGCUGAUAUAGAAACACAGAAUUUGACAUCGGUAGCCUGCAACCAGCCCAUCAGAGACAAAUCACGAACAUACAUCACCCUCAGCAACACCUUUGGCGUCUUGGCUGGCGUUUUUGUUCUUCAACGACUUGCAUACAAGAUCUGGUCCAAGAUGGGACUGAGCGGGGACGACUGGAUGGCUUUGGCGACUGUGAUCGUGGGUAUUCCGAGCACCACCAUCAGCGCUCAUGGAGUGACGAAACCUGGACUUGGUCGUGAUAUCUGGACCUUGCAGCCUGCAGAUAUUACCAGAUUCGGUCUUUUCUUCUGGAUUCUGGAAUGGAGCUAUUUCGCAGAAGUCGCCAUGCUCAAGCUCUCCGUCCUGCUCUUCUAUAUUCGCAUCUUCCCAAGCCCCGGGGUACGUCGCCUGCUCUGGGGAACCUUUAUUUUCACCACGCUUUAUGGUAUCGCGUUUCUCCUGGUUGCUAUAUUCCAAUGCACGCCUGUCAAAUUUUACUGGGAAAAAUGGGAUGGGUUACAUGAAGGCACAUGCUUGGAUAUAAAUGCCAUUGCUUGGACGAAUGCCGCCAUCAGCAUAGCGGUUGACAUUUGGGUUCUGGUCAUUCCACUGUGGCAGCUCAAAAGUCUCAAUUUGGACUGGAGGCGCAAGCUUGGCGUUGGAGUCAUGUUUUGUCUUGGUGCUUUUGUCACCGUCGUGAGCAUAUUGCGUCUCAGGUCUCUUAUUCAGUUCGGCACCGAUUCCCUGAAUCCCACGUGGGAUUUUUACGAUGUCAGCAUUUGGUCUGUUGUGGAGAUUAAUACCGGGUUGAUCUGUAUCUGCUUGCCCUCCCUCCGCCUUCUGCUCGUCCGCAUCUUCCCCAAGCUGCAGGGCACGACGGAACGAUACUAUGGAAAGAACUCGAAGCGAAACCGAACGGCAAGCAACAAACGGGUGAGCCGACUUCCCCUGGGACAUAGCGCUGGUUCGCAUGUGGACAGAUCACAACCUCAUCCCGACAUUGAAGCCAACCGAAUUGCGUAUCACACGUCGUACACGGUUGAGUAUGGCGACAAUGACACGGUUCAACUGGUGAACAUGAACGAUAAGUUUAGCGCCAGGUCAGACGUCAGAUCUGAAGUAUCAUGA